CUUCCCUUGCGGCUGCCUGUCUCUCUCGAGAUAAAUAAGAGAAACUGAUAAAAGUGGGUUUUGUUUUGAUUAUGAAAUUCAAUUCAAUUCAAUUCAAUUCAACAAAUGUUUUGUUUUGUAUUUCUAUCUGCUUUCGUUUGAACCACUUUUAGAGCUCAUCAUUUCCAUCAUCACAAAACUCCAAACUCCAAUACAGAUAUAUAAACACGCUAACGCGAAAAGCAGUAGCAGCAGAACAGAGCAGAGCACAGAUUGCAAUACAAUGGUUUUAGGAUGGCGAAGAGCGUUUUGUACAUCAAUUCCAAAAGAUCAAGAACGAGAUUCACCAAUCCUCAAAGACAAAUCAAAUCCCGCUGGAUUUAUCUCUAACCCUUCAACGCCGCGACUCCUGUCUCAGCCAGUUUCUAGCCCCAGUCUCCGCUGUAGUACCACCGCCUCUGCUCCACAAACACCAAAACUUCAUUGUAAAACCAAAAACAGCCCCAGAUUUUUCAAUCGCUCCACCCCAUCUUCCCCUCGAUCCCCAUCCACCCUUUCUCUACUCAAAUCUACCCUCCGUAUCUCAAAGAAUAGGUGUGGAAUAUGCUUGCAGAACGUCAAGACGGGACAAGGCACGGCCAUUUUCACGGCGGAGUGCUCCCACACCUUCCACUUUCAGUGCAUCGCGGUGCAUGUGAAGAAGCAAGGCUCCCUUACGUGCCCUAUCUGCAACUCCACUUGGAAGGAGCUGCAUCUUUUAUCCACUUUGCAAAAUGAUAACCACCAAGAGCACAAGAGAGUAAUCGCUGGAGACGCGAACUCCAAGAACGACAAAAGAGGCGUAUUGAAAGUGUACAAUGAUGAUGAGCCUCUAUCAUCGCCCACUUCCGGAGCAAGAUUCAAUCCAAUACCCGAAUCUGAUGAAACGGAGGAGGAGAAUGAUGAAUUUCCGGGAUUUUUUGUAAAUGGAUAUGCUAACAAUACAACCAGUCCAGAACUCCAGCUGAAGAAUGUUGAGGUGACGUUGUUGCCGGAGGCCGCAGUGGUGUCGGUAGGGAGAAGCAGCGAGACCUACGCUGUGGUUUUGAAGAUCAAAGCUCCGCCAGCCCCUGCAAAGAAUGUGAAGAGAGCUCCAAUUGAUUUGGUAACGGUCCUGAAUGUUAGCAGAAGUGUGACAACAGAAAAGCUGCUCAUGAUGAAAAGAACUAUGAGAUUGGUGGUCUCAUCUCUCUCUGCGGCGGACCGGUUGUCGAUUGUGGCAUUUUCUACCACUUCGAAGCGGUUGCUGCCGCUGCGUAGAAUGACCACCGCCGGCAGAAGGUCGACCCGAAGGAUUGUUGAUGCCAUUGUUGCGCUAGAUGGAGCAGCUGCGAGUCCGACGGAUGCGUUGAAAAAAGCGGCCAAAGUGAUCGAAGAUCGCCUUGAGAAAAACCCAUCAGCCAGCAUCAUGCUUUUCUCCGACGGCCAUAGCAAUGGUCCAUCAGUCUCAUCAACGCGCUUCUCGCACACUGAAAUUCCGGUGCAUUCAGUCAACCUGAAUGCAUGUUUAAACGCGCCAACAGAUGAAACCAUUGCUAAAUGCAUUGGGAGUUUACUAAGCAUGGUCAUUCAAGAUCUUAAAAUCGAGCUGGGAUUCAUUUCCGGUUCUGCUCCGGCGGAGAUAUCGGCGAUAUACUCGAACACGAUUCGACCCGCUUUUCUUGGAUCCGGGUCAAGCGCAUCCCGGAUCGGCGAUUUGUUUUCUAAAGAAGAAAGAGAAUUAUUGAUAGAAUUAAAAGUUCCAUCAUCAUAUAGUAGGGCCCACCGAAUGCUGUCCGUUCGAUGCUCUUACAGAGACCCAUCAACUCAAGAGCCCAUAUACGGCAAAGAACAAGCCCUCAUGAUUCCCCGUCCACGCGCCGUCGGAUCCUCCACUCGCGAAAUCCAAAGGUUGAGAAGCCUU